AUGGCCGAUCCUGUUCCUGCCAUUGUCUUGGAUACCACCAAAUCUCUUACAUAUGCUUCUUCCCCAUAUUACCUGCACGCAUCUAAUCAACCAAACCAACUCCUUGUUGAUGCUCUUCUAAAUGGAGACAAUUAUCCUGCUUGGCGUCGAUCGGUAACAUGCGCCUUGAAUGCCAAAAAUAAAUUAGGAUUCGUCCUUGGCACCAUCAAACGUCCAACUACAAACACAACAGCUGCACUUCUUUGGGAUCGUUGUUGCGACAUGAUAAUGUCGUGGUUACUUCAUUCCAUUGAUCGAUCUCUCACCGGAAGCCUCCUUUAUUGUGAAACGCCCAAUAACCUAUGGGUCGAACUGGAAACCAGAUUUCAGCAAAGCAACAAGACCAAAAUUUUCACCCUCAAACGUGACCUUGCCACUCUUCACCGAGGACAUCAAUCAAUCACUAAUUACUAUGGAAAAUUGAAAGAGUUAUGGGAUGCAUUAGCCUCCCUCCAACCGGUCAAUACAUGUACAUGCGGGGUAGCAAAGACCAUAUCUGAAACGCAAGAUUCGGACAAAGUUUAUCAAUUUCUCUUGGGAUUAAAUGAUAGUUUUCUGCACUGCUCUAGUCACAUCUUCAGAUCAUUUUACAUUUAUGAUAGCUCUAUCACAAUCCUCCGAUCCCACUUGAUACUCUCAAGCUGUUAA